AAAGCAUAGUGAUGAAUCACAAAAACAAUAUGUAAUUAUAGAUGUGUUUCCCGAUGGUCUUAGGCGACCCCUGUGAAAGGGUUGUUCGACCCCCAAAGACAUCGCGACCCACAGGUUGAGAACCACUGUGCUAGAUGAAGUGAUGUGCAUUCGUGAGUGGUGGGUAUGUAGGUGUGAACUGAUCAGGCCUCCACGCUGCCAGAACAUCAGCAUCAUCAUGGCCGUAGCUGGAAUAUCAUUACUUCUAAGAAGUGUUCGGCUGACAGCAAAAUUUGCAAGUUCUUCAGACAUUCCAGUAGAAUUUAUAAGAAAGAAUGUUAAACUACGAGGACGAUUACGCCGACUAACUGAGGAUGUUUUAGAAAUUGAACAUAUUCCUAUUACUUUACCUAUUAUAUCGUCAUGGAGAAAAGAGCCCUGUGGUGUUUUGCUGGUUAAGCUGGCUGGAGUAGAACUCACGAAAUCUGGGAAGGUGUGGUUACAAAAAGAACUAAAACCUUCCCAACUACUGUGGUUCCAGCUUCUCGGAAAGGAGAAUUCAGUACUCUUUUGCUACCUUUUAGUGAAUAAGGGUAGAUUUUUUAAUGUGAAUCUAAAUGAAGACAUUUUGAGAAGAGGCCUUGGCAAAACUGUUUUUGUUAAAGGACUAAAUCAUGAUUCUAAAAUGUAUUGGAAAAUUCACAAACGCUUACUUAAAGCUGAAUUAACAGCCUUAAAAAAGGGAGAAGGAAUAUGGAAGGAAGAAUAUGAAAAAAAAUCUUAUUUGGAAAAAUUCAAAGAGUACUGGGGAGAAUAUUGGAAGAAAGAUAGUUAUUUAAAAAAAAUUGGAUCAGAUUUCAACCUGAAAAAAGAAAGUUAUUAUGACAAAUUUAGAAGUACUUAUGAAGCAUGGAAAGACAACUCCUUAAUACUGAAGUUCAGAGAACUUAUGAGUCGCAUACACUUUCGUAGAAAAGGGUGAAAUAUUCCAAGAGGUCUAGAGGUGACCUACUCUGAAAAGAGUAAAAUAUGUAAACUAUAUGGACAUAUUUCAUUGAAUUGAAAUGGGAAUUUCUCAAAAUGACCAAGUUGUAUUUUCAUGGUAUUUAAAUAUUUAAGAGAUGAUUGUUAUAAAGGUGACAUCAGAAUAAUUUAAACAAAAUGUGAUUAAUGUAAUAUGCUUUUAGGAAAAAUUAAACACUCUAUAAAAAUGUACCAGGUUGGGGGAUGUAUACAUGUUGUGCUGAUAUUUGAAGAGAGAAUUUAAUUGUAUGGGUCAUUGUGUUCUUUAGUUAUUUUGGGCAGCCAUAUUUAAGUUUUUUUUUUUAAGAGAAUAUUUCUUCCAGUUUUAUCAGCUUUGAUUAUUUAUAAUAAAGGAGCUGUUUAUAACCCA